GAACGAGGGAGCGACCACCGCCUUGAGCCGCCUCGACCAUCCAUCCGACCGGCCGCGUUCCUUUUCACCGCCAAAGACGAUGUUACAAUGUUAGUCGUGACGAGCCAGUGCGAGUUCAGUGAUAACGAGCAGAUCGGUAGGUGUGCGCGCGAGAAAACGAAAACGGAGAUGGUGUCCCCGGAUGCGGAGGCUGCUGCUGCCGCUUCAAUCUCUGCAACCGUUGCUGCUGGUGCUGGUGCUCGUGCUGGUGUUACUGCUGCUGUUGCUGCUGCUGCUACUGCCGCUGCCGUUGUCAUUGAUGUUACCAAUGUAAAAGUUGCUACUGGUGGUGCUGCUGUCACUGCUGCUGAUUCUCUCCUCAUGGAAGCUCCUAGACCGACCCUUGCAACAGUUUAACCUUCCGUUCGACGCUUGGUAGUGCCGAGUGGCACAGAGUAAGGAAAAACCGUCAAAACGUAGAGACGCAUCCUAGUAAGAACACGUUAAAGACGAGCAGUCUCCAUACAGAAGAAGAAAUCAAAAAUCGUACCAGCGGAGGAUCCCUGGUUUCCCUAUAUGCGUUACGUAGAGGAAAGCAAGGACCUCUUGAACAAUCGAUAUUCACAUCUUCGAGGAGUGAGGAACGUCGUGAGGUUCUAGAGGUUGUCGCCGGGCACGAUGGCUUGCAAACUAUUCAAGAUACAAUAGAGAAUACGUGAUGGGACGUUCCCGUGUUCUGGCGCAGCAGAAACUAUGGCCGAUUCACGCGGCUUCAAACCAAUAAGCCAGUUGUGGAGCGCGGCCGUCUCACCGGAACCGGACUCGGAGUGUCUCUACGAGGAAAUCGCGGGCCUCUCUGGGGCACAGGAAGCGGACAGUAGAGAGGAGGUCGUCGAGGAAGAGAGGGAGAGGGCGAGGUCGAGGUCAAGAGAGAGACAGGACUCAGUGCGGAGGUUAACGGAAGUUGGCGCAAGAGGACGAGCAGGAGAGGUCGCUGAGUACGAAUCCAGGGUGGAGGAGCAAUAUGUGGUACGAGGAAGCUACGGGGAGUCCGGAUCAGGAGCCGCACUCGACGCGGCUGCCACCUUCAAGCUGACGAGAGGGCGAACUUCUCGCUACCUGCCAACAACCCAUUAUCACCACGGUGGCCACGCUCAACAUAUCAGUGGCAGGCUAUCGCGCCACCGUCUCACCCGGGCCUCCUUCAGUAAUGAGACGCAGGAAGAAAUACAAGAGGACGACGAAGCCACUCUCAGGGAGUUGCUUAUAAGUCUGCAGAAGCAGGUCAGCGUGAUGAGUAUGAACUUGAGCGCCAAGCUGGACGAGCUGCAGCGGGGUGACCGCCAGCUGGAAACGACCGUUGCAUUAUGUGAGAUACGCACUCAACUGCAGGAACUCACCAAGAGUGUAGAGUCUUGCCAGAGCGAGGUCAGCGAGGUCAAGAGAGACAUGGUGGCGAUCAAGCACGAACUAGAUACGGUACAGCAAGUGAAAGAGGAGAUAGAGGAGUUACGGGAAUAUGUGGAUCGUCUGGAGGAGCACUCUCAUCGACGGAAACUUAGACUCCUCGAGCAGGGUUUGACGUUCUUCCUGUCGUAUGCAAUACUGGCAGCAGUGCUUGGCAUGCUGCAGUUUGGAUACAAUACGGGAGUCAUCAAUGCGCCUGAAGUGAAUAUUGAAAACUUCAUGAAGGAUGUAUACAAGGACAGAUACGGUGAGGACAUCUCGGAUGAUUCUGUGAAGAAACUGUACUCUGUGGCAGUCAGCAUAUUUGCUAUUGGUGGUAUGCUUGGUGGUUUUAGCGGAGGAAUAAUUGCUAACAGAUUUGGCAGAAAGGGGGGCUUACUGCUGAACAACGUGCUGGGCAUCGUGGGGGCAUGCCUGAUGGGCUGUACCAAGAUAGCCCACGCUUAUGAAAUGCUCUUCUUCGGGCGGUUCGUCAUCGGUGUCAAUUGUGGCUUAAACACCUCCUUGGUUCCCAUGUACAUAUCGGAGAUAGCGCCAUUGAACCUGAGAGGCGGCCUGGGCACGGUGAACCAGCUCGCUGUUACGGUGGGCCUCCUGGUCUCCCAGGUGCUGGGCAUCGAGCAAAUACUUGGCACGAAUGAUGGCUGGCCCGUACUCCUGGGACUGGCGAUCUGUCCUGCCAUAUUGCAGUUGCUCUUGCUUCCAGUAUGUCCGGAAUCACCGAGAUAUUUGCUCAUUACUAAGCAGUGGGAAGAGGAGGCCCGCAAGGCUUUAAGGAGAUUAAGGGCUAGUAAUCAGGUAGAGGAAGACAUCGAAGAGAUGAGGGCUGAGGAAAGGGCUCAGCAGUCCGAAUCCACCAUUUCGAUGACAGAGCUUAUAUGUAGUCCAACUUUAAGAGCACCUCUUAUCAUCGGUGUGGUUAUGCAAUUAUCCCAGCAAUUGUCGGGUAUCAAUGCUGUGUUCUACUAUUCCACGAGUCUGUUCAUAAGUUCCGGACUCACGGAUGAGAGUGCCAAGUUUGCAAGUAUUGGUAUAGGCGCCAUUAUGGUUGGUAUGACACUAAUAUCCAUCCCACUGAUGGACAGAACAGGAAGGCGAACGCUGCAUCUAUACGGCCUUGGCGGCAUGUUCAUCUUUUCCAUAUUCAUCACAAUUUCGUUGCUCAUAAAGGCGUUUUUUGGUUACGUACAGGAAAUGAUAGACUGGAUGUCAUACCUGUCGGUGGUCUCGACACUCGGCUUCGUGGUGUUCUUUGCUGUUGGUCCAGGAUCCAUACCGUGGAUGAUAACAGCCGAACUCUUCUCCCAAGGACCUAGGCCUGCUGCCAUGUCCAUUGCGGUUCUUGUUAAUUGGAUGGCUAAUUUCACGGUUGGCAUCGGUUUUCCAAGUAUGGAUAGCCUUGAAAACUACAAGUUCCUACCAUUCAGUGCAUUCCUCGCCAUCUUUUGGAUCUUCACGUACAAGAGGGUUCCUGAGACCAAGAAUAAGACCUUCGAAGAGAUCCUAUCCAUAUUCAGGCAUGGUAAUGACAGCAGAAGCAGCUUGAGGGACAGCAGACUAUACGGGAGCGUGCUAAACUGUGUGAAUGCGUUAGAGGGACACAUACCGCCAGCUGAGAGCGCAGCCCUGAUGGUGGCCGAGGAGAAGCCACAUCCUGAUUCAUUUGUGUUUGCAGCUGGUUCCGAGCGGUCUUCCAUCGCUCCCGCUCAACCGGAGAGGCCACCGCCCCCGCUUCCCCCGCCACGCUUUCCGAACAGUGGUGUCUGACAAUGGGAAACUCCUCUUAAUAUCGGGAACUUUAUGAUGAUGAACGCACCGAUGCCCAUUCCUUUGCCGUUGCUACUCAGCACGAACAGCCUCACCCUGGAGAAUCAUCUCUACGAGAUAAUCACCGAGCGCAGCAAAGCCUGUGCGACCUUCUUGCGGAACAGUCUGCGCCGUGCGGCAAAUGCGAGCACCAAUAUUGGAUGGAGCUUGACACCAAGGCCGGAAGAUGAGCCACACGACAGCGAUCGUACCUAAAAGGAAUAUCGCUAGUGUGCGCUUAAGUUUCAUAGGUUAGAAUUAGCUGAGAGUUACUAAAGACCAUUUAAAUGGUGGUUUACAAACGGUCGAAAAUCGUUCGUACCAACUUAACGCUGAUCGAUCAAUGGACUCGUAACCCUAAACACUUCUACCUUCUAUUAGCGCGUAGUGAAUCUGGUUACGUACCGAGUUAAUUAAUUAGUGGGCACUAUAGAGGACUGUACAUUCACUGGGUUGAUCGGUUUAUGGAUAUUCUCAUUUAUUAAUGGGAUCUCAAUGGUGCCGUAUCCGCCUAGGAUAUAAAUUUCGCGUAAUCUCGGAAUCUGUGCGAGAAAGACUUGUGGGUGUAAUGGAAGGUUUCCACUGAUAAUUUACUUUAAAUUGAAUACAUUUAUUUUUAGGUUAUAUCUACGCGUGUGUGUGUGCAUGCGUGUGUGUACAGUAUGCAUCCAUUAAUUGUAAUAAUUAAAUCUCUGUGUACUUACGGGUCUCGGCGUUCCAGUUUAUCCUUCGCGUUCGAACGGAUCUCCCGUCGUAAGUCAAAGAGGCGAAGAAGAAACUGAGAGGGAAUAUAUUCUUUUGUGCCUAAACUUGAUUUUGAUGAAUGGAGCUCGAAUUUACGGAAUAUGAAUAUUAGUAAUUAAUCUUCCGUUCGAACGUGGAUCUAAUACGAUUGGAAGCAACUGGAACUCGAUUUAAAAAUUUUUACGAGACGUUUACUUGACUAUGGCGGUUAUAGUUCAGUCUAUUAAAAAUGGCGACAACGCAUUCUAUGCUAUUGCCGCUAUUGCUCGUAAUGUUCGGUAUUCUAUAAGUGCAUUAUUAAGGUAAACUUUAUUUUCUACGAUAUCAUCCUUUUUUAAUGACCAGAGAACGAAGAUCCAUGGGAUCGAUUAAACUGACGGCUCUCAGGAUGCGUAAGUACUUGUUAUUAGUCGUGCGUGAGAUAUGACAUUCCUUUAUGUACGAAUAAUAAAUCGAACCUAGUGUAGGGCUGCAUUAUCUUUGAUGCUAGUCAUUAUUAUAAUUACAUAAUGCACAAGGAUAAAUUAUAAUUGAACGCAAAGUAUAGUGAGAAAAUUACUUUUGUCUUUCUGUAUAACGACCAAUCAUAUGAGUUAUCGACUAUCUACUAUCAACAAUCGUACUGCUGCCAUUAUCGUUUAUUGAUGCCCUCAUUGACUGCUUUCUUUUUUUUUUUAUCAUUUAAUCUUUUAUCAGCACACUCGUAUCAGGUUGGGAAUGAUCCGGGAAACCUUCCCUUAUAUGUACAUACUUGUAUAUACGUGUAUACUUCUACCAUAUUAACAUACCACGUCAUUACUCAGCAAAUGUAUAAUAAUCCUUCAUUACUCGGUAGUGCGGCCAAUUUCAUGGCGAAGUAACCCUAAAGAAAAUUUAUUCGAGAGAUAAAGAAAGAAAGAAAAGAGACGUUACCUUGGAUGUCGUGACUUUCAAGGCCUCGAGUUUCAUUAGACAAAUGAAAGAGUAAAAAAAAUGAGGAAACUCAGGAAAGAAAAGGAAAAAAAAGUCAAUUCGAUGAUGUUUUUCAUCUUUACUUCAAGUUCUAAGACCAAUUAUACGUUUAGCUACGUUUACGUACGUGGGAGGCAAAGAUCAGGAUUCUCUAGUCUUAUUGAACUCGUGAUCGAUCCACGUGUCGUAUUGAUUUUUAUUUACUUAUUCUUUCUCUCUUAUGCCUUUCCUUUAACGUUAAACAUACAAGAGUAAGCAUACUAUGUAUUCGAUACCGCCUAUUGACAAGCGAUUUUCGCCUCCACUAAUCAAGCUAACGAUGAUUUACAAAUCAUUGCUAAUCUUUCUCUCGACGUUCGUAUAUCUUAUUGCUCUUGUUUUGCUGCAGUACAAAACGCUACAAAAUAAAGGGAAAAAUUUUUAGAGUCCAUCAUUAUAACGAUGGCACGCACAGUGUUCUCGCUUGAAUGGAGUAUGCUAAUGAUCAAGGACAGAAAGAGAGAGAAGUGGAAAAAUGAAGUAAAACACGCGAAUCGACGUGAGUAAUAAAUAAUUACACGUGAUCAAAUUAAAACGUGUUUUUCUCAUUUAUUAGAAUAGACUUUCGUCUAUUUCGAUGCUCCAUUACGACACGAGUGAGACGCAUGCGCUAAUCACGGAUAAAUAAAAGACGCAUUAAUUCUUCAGCAGCCUCCCGUCAUCUGCUUAUACGAAUCCUCGAAACGACCUAUUAACAGUGUGGAUUAUUUAUACCAAAUAUAAUGAAUGGGAAAGAUUCUCUGCGACGUAAGCGUAAAUAGGAUACCUUAGACUAGAGAGGAUAAACGAGUAAAUAAAUAACAUAAUGGAUGAUGAAAAUGUGGAAAAGAAAGGAAAAAGGAGAAUUCAAGCGCAGCGCACCGUAUAAUGGUUAUUAAUGAGAAACUUUUAAUUAUAAGCUGUCCAAAACAUACAGAAUCAGUGAGAAAGGCAAUAAAGCUAUUGAACUGAAGAUAUGCUAAUGUAGGUUUCCUCGCAUUGUGGUAUUAUCAGACUUUAACGAUACUACUAAUAACGAUUUAGGCUAGGUAUAGCUACUAGGGGAUAGUAGCGUUUAAUGAAACAAAAAAAAUUUAAUAAUAAUUAAUGAAAUGAAAAAGAAUGGAAGGAACACAAGAUGCUAACGUCUGAUGUGAACUGUAAUAACGGGGCUACCCCAUGUUAUAAGCGAAUGUCAAAAGACGCGCGGGUCUCAUUUAUAUAAUGGCUGUACAAUAAUUGCGGACCGAGUAACGCUAGCAUAUCCAUUUUUAAAUUAUUAUAAGCUUAUUAACUCAAAAUAUACUGGAACAUAGUUGCAAUUACAUUGACUCGAAAUUAAAUAUGUGGGUAUUGGCAGACGUUCUUAUUAUACCACUCUUGUCUUACCGGAAAAGCUCAUUAUAUAACUGUACUUUUUUUUGUAUCCCUUAACCGGCGAGGUGGGUCUGUGAAAUGCAUACCGGAUUAUAUGGCGACCUUUAUACCGGCUGUAAAAGAUGGGGUAAUCACUUGGGUUUUUUUUCUAUCUACGUGAAUACUAUGCGUCAAAAUGUGUAAAACAUUUUAAUUGAUUUGGACUACCAAAAGCGUUCGUAUCGAAUUUUUUAGUGAAAAACCAACAUACCCCACCUCAUUGACAACGUAAGUCUUUUGACCUCUGGUUAAGGGUUAAAUUGUAGGUUAAAAAUUGUUCUUGUCGGAAAUUAAGAAAUUUUUGUUAUUUACAGUAAAAGGAUGGUAAUGUCAUAUAUAUUCGUUUGGUUAAUAAAAGUAUUAUCCCCCGUUUAAGUAUAAUUGAUAAUUAUUAACGAAAAUUAGAGGCGUCAUUUAUUUCGCCAAUUAUUAAUAUUGAUACUCUCAUAAAUCAUUUUGAGUCGUUGAUACGAUAUUAAGCUCAUUGACGCAAUAUAGAUAGUCUUACAAAAAGAAAAAGAGAAAAGUUUGGAUCAGUCCAUCAAGCAAGUGAUCACAAUAACAAUUUGUAAAAUAAGUUCACUGCCAUGCAAAUGACUUGCGCUCCCACGAAAGCGCCAAUAUUCCAAAUGUGGAUGUGUACAGUUAUGUGAAAAAAAUACUUAUUAUAACGUAAUUAUAUCUACACGAUGAUACUAAUUAGUUAUUAUAUGAAACUAAUUAACAUAUGACGAUAUUAAGAACGGUAUACAUACAUAGGGUAAACGAAGAAAAAAAAGCGUGAAAAAAAAAGAAACCAAUGAUUAACACGAGAAAUCGAUUGCAGAGCUAUUAUAUAACGAAUGAAAAUGUUUAUACUCGCUUGUUUCGAUGAUGUACCGCAAUCGUCAUUGCGAGGAACGAGAGCUUCUUUUUUUUCGAAUUUUAAACGACAUUGAUCUGCAAUCAUUCUCAGGGGGACCGAUUUCCGUAAAUUCAAUUCUUUCAUUCAAUCGUAUAUGUAUAAUAACGUUAUACCUUCGAAUGAAAUUCACACUAGGAAUUUGCAGAACAAAUUUUGUCUGGAAUUUACUUGCGUUUUGAGACAAAAUGAAGCCAAUCGGUUAAAUUUUUAAUGGGCUACCGCCAUUUUAUUACGCUACGAACUUACUGCAAGGAGACAUGUCCUUUUUGUCGUCUUUUAAAUAUCUGUUAAUUGUUAUACCACUUAUUUUCUCUUUUCGUCGUGUACUUACGUCUCGUUUGCUAGGAUUACUUUAACUCAAGUUCAAUUAUGCGAGACGCAAAUCGGCUGGUAAAUUUCGCAAUGCAGAUUUAUUUCCAAUGCUGCGUCGUUCCUCUUUGAUGAGUUUAGAUGAACAAAAUGUCUACCGAGUUUUUGCGAAUGCAUUUUCAGUCCAUAUAAGGCUCUGUGAUUUACUUACAUGCUAGUAGAGAUUAAUCACAAUAAUAUACAAUAAUGUAUUGCAGAUUACCUACUUAACUAACUUGUAGAAUCAAUUAUGUACAGUGCAUAAAUUAUCUUACCCUAAUGGAAAACCCAUUCAGCUCAUCAGUUUGUAGGUAUGAGAUUCUCUCAGUAAUAUCAAAAUUAAUUUGCUCAUUGUUGUUUCUUGGUAAUCUCAUUUUAAUAUAUAUAUUUACAAUAUUCUCCAAAUAAAUGUAUACACAUAUGUAUAGAUUAAUAUCGGAAUUAAUAUUCUCAUUAAAAAAGUCGACAGACACGACAUGGAAUACGAGAAUAUUUGAUUUUAUUCAUAGGAUAAUUUUAUUAGGGGCUCAACAUGAUGGCACAGUUUAGGUGUACGCUAAUUGCCUGAAAGAAAAUAACGGAAUAUGCCUUGACAGUCUUUAUUUUAUUGUCGAUAACAAUGACGUGGUUCAGUCUUGUAUUGUUGGAUGGUUGUAUUAUGAAUUAAUUAUUAAGAUACUUGAUUAAUUGUUAUUUCCGUAUUGAUCUAUACUUCUGUGCCAUUCAAGAGCGAAAGCAAAUAAUCGGUAGAACGUUUUGUUACUGCAUAUAGAAAAAAAGGAUACAAUGCGAAGGGUUGCCUCGAAAACUUUCUAGUCCCUUAACUUUAUACUAUUAUCAGUUUUGUUAUUCAUUGAAUAAAGAUACAGAGAAAAUUGAUGAAAA